AUGUUCGAUAUGAUGUACGCGGGAAUACUUUUGGCUGUCUCGAAUGUGGCAUUGGCUCAGCAUGGAGGAAAGCCCAAAAGUGCUGCCGAUAUUGCUGAAGAAGGGGCCGCAGAACUUCUGAACCAUAAGCUACCACGCAACUACUUUCUGGCGCUCGCAGCAUUUGCGUGCAUGUUCAUCUUCUACCGGCUUAUGGUUGUUGCGGUUCAAAACUUCCGUACGAUUGCAUGCUUGUCCAAUGACACUCAACGAUACUUUGCCAUUGCCUCGCCUCAAUGGGCGAAAAUCAAGUCCAUGAUGCUUUAUGCACCUCUAUUUCGAGCACGUCACAAUCGGGAGUUUAAGCUCUCCACUGCUAUCAACAUGGGAACAUUGCCAUCGCGUUUUCAGUCGAUUUUCCUUGGCGUGAUCGUGGCAACGAAUGUGGUCUUGUGUGUUUAUGGGGUCCGGUGGACCGCACCACGCGCGAAGGUACUUUCAGUCCUUCGAAACCGCACUGGCACUAUCUCUGUUGCAAAUAUGAUUCCCAUGGUUCUGAUGGCAGGCCGCAACAAUCCAUUGAUUCCACUACUCAAUGUCUCUUUCGACUCUUUCAACAUGAUGCACAGAUGGUUGGGUAGACUAGCUAUUCUUGAGGCUAUUGCUCAUACACUGUGCUGGAUGAUCUCUAAGGUCGAUACAGCUGGAUGGUCGGCUGUUAAAGCUUCAAUAAUCAACAGCAAUCUUAACACGACUGGCCUGAUCAGCGCUGUUGGCUUGGUUGUCAUUCUUGUACAGUCCCCCUCUGCCAUUCGUCACGCUUUUUACGAAACGUUUUUGCAUCUUCACAUUGCUCUCGUGGUUCUGUCAUUCAUCGGUCUCUGGAUGCAUUUGGCCGAGUUGCCUCAACGGAGCCUCCUGGUCGCCACAAUUGGCGCUUGGAUAUUCGACCGUAGCCUCAGAUUCUGGAACCUAUUCUACCGCAACGUAGGUCGUGGUGGCACCAAGGCCACAAUCGAAGCACUCCCUGGCGAUGCCCUUCGUGUCUCCUUUGAUGUUGCACGUCCGUGGAAAGUCCGACCCGGUCAACACGUAUACAUAACCAUCCCUUCAGUCGGCAUGUGGACCUCGCAUCCCUUCUCCAUUGCCUGGAAUGAAAGCGGCGCCCCGUUCAGCCGCGGCCUUAACCUCAAUGAAAAAAGUGACAGCAUCAUCAUGACACACCAAGAUCUACAAUCCACAAAGUCUAAGACUAUCUCCGUCAUUAUUCGCCGGCGCACCGGUUUUACUGACACCCUCUACAUACGCGCCGAGAAAGCCGGCGCCUUUGACGGGGCCUCCAAGCUCACCCUCAACGCCCUAGUCGAAGGCCCCUACGGCUCCUCACGUCCCAUGUCCUCCUACGGCACCGUCCUUCUCUUCGCCGCCGGCGUCGGCAUCACCCAUCAGGUGCCCUACGUCCGCGAUCUGGUAGCCGGCUACACCGCCGGCACCGUCGCCGCACGCCGCAUCACACUCGUGUGGAUCGUCCAGUCCCCCGAUCAUCUGGAGUGGAUUCGGCCGUGGAUGACACAAAUCUUGGCUAUGGAGAAGAGAAGGGAGAUCCUCGGUAUCAAAUUGUUCAUCACGAGGCCGAGAAAUAAGAGGGAGGUAGUCAGUCCGAGUAGCACCGUACAGAUGUUCCCGGGAAGGCCUUGUGUGGAGACUUUGGUAGGGAAGGAGUGUGAGAGCCAGAUAGGGGCGAUGGGCGUUAGUGUUUGUGGGACGGGGAGUCUGAGCGAUGAGGUUAGAAGGGUUGUGAGGAGCAGGCAGGGAUGGUGCUGUAUGGAUUUUGUGGAGGAGAGUUUUACUUGGUAA